AGGCCGAUGCCACAGCUCCCGGCGCGCCUCGCGCCAAGCCGGCGGCGGGGCGGACGGUGCCGCAGCGAUGCUGGUGGCGGCAGCCGCGGAGCGAAACAAGGAGCCCAUCCUGAGCGUGCUGCGGCAGUACGUGGACCCGGCCCAGCGCGGCGUCCGUGUGCUCGAGGUGGCCUCGGGCUCCGGCCAGCACGCGGCCCACUUCGCGCAGGCCUUCCCGCACGCCGAGUGGCAGCCGUCCGACGUGGACCAGCGCUGCCUGGACAGCAUCCUGGCCACCGCCCGAGCCCAGGGGCUGUCCAACGUGAAGGCCCCGCUGUACCUGGACGUGACCUGGCAUUGGGAGCACUGGGGCGGGAUCCUGCCGCAGUCGCUGGACCUGCUCCUCUGCAUCAACAUGAUGCAUAUCUGUCCCCUGAAGUGCACGGAGGGGCUCUUCAGAGCAGCGGGACACCUGCUCAAACCCAAGGCUCUGCUCAUCACCUACGGACCCUAUGCUGUUAAUGGGAAGAUCUCUCCCCAGAGCAACGUGGACUUUGACCUGAUGCUCAGAUGCAGGUCAGAGGAACCCAGAGUGGGGGCUGCGGGACACAGCUUUCCUGGGGGACCUGGGCCGGGCCAGCGGCCUGCUCCUGGAGAGGAUGGUAGGUGGGGAGGGCUGGGGCCCAGGCAGCCUCCUGGUGGUCCCGGGGCCACUCCUCCAGCAACGCGUUUCUCCAGGUGGACAUGCCUGCCAACAACAAGUGCCUGAUUUUCCGUAAAAAGUAACCCCUCUCCUUCAUCCUGAAUGCCUGCAUCCUAGCCAGAGGCUCUGCGGGCACAAACCCCGACAACCAGCCCCACCGAGUCUAGGCUCUUGGCUGCAGCCGACGGGCUGCCCAGGCCCAGCCUGCCCCAGAAUAAAGUGGUUCUGCUGCCCUGUU